AUGAUGAGGAAUGGUGGUAUUUAUGAGUUCGGUAAACGUUUACGUAGUAAUUCAAUAAAUCGUAGAAUAUUUAUAUUUCUUAUAUUAUUUUGUUUAUUUUUACUCUACUUUGGAUCGUCAUUAGCUCAGUGGUUUUUUAAUGAUAAAACACCAAUAAAAGCAUUUGAAGAUAUUUGCCUUGAAGAAAAAUUAUCAAGUGCUUAUGCAGAAGCUCGGGUUUACGAUGCAGCAAUAACUGAACACACUAGCGAUGACGAGACGUCUUCCUCAUCAUCACUGUCAGCCCCAUUAUUGUCAUUUGAUGACAAAUAUUUACCUUACAUAGGCAAUGGAUUGUUUGGAGUGGAAAUUAAUCCAAAUAAUGCGCGUGUUUUUAUAAAACACGGCAGAACACUUUCGCUGAACAUUCAAUGGGACCCAUUGGUCACAAUAACGACUGAUAAUAAUAACCAGCGGGUCGCUGAUGUCAUACACUUCACUCAAGGUAUUGUGUCCAGGUAUCAGUGCAUCAGAGAAGGCUAUUCAAUUAGCCACAAGUAUUAUGUUCAUCAAGUAUUAGAUAAAAUCCUGGUUCAGGAUGUCACUAUCACCAAUCCUUCUUCGUUGGCCCAAAGCGGAUCUAAUUAUAAAUACAUGGUUACGUCAGGCUUUGUACCAUCAUCAAAUUCUGAAAAAAUAAUUGUCGUGACAAUUGUUUAUGUAGUACCGUCAAAAUACUUGUCUAUUAAACCAAAAAGUACUACGAAAUUAGAAUUUUUGACGAGUAUUUGUUACAGUGAACCUGUUGCUCUAGGACAGUAUGAAAAUGAACGUAAAAAUACUGAACGAAAAGCCCUUAAAGCAUUGAAAGAUGCUGUGAGUAUCCAACUGCAAGAAGGAUUAUUAAAUCAGCAUGUAAAUACUUGGCAAAGUUAUUGGAAUACUGGGUUCAGUAUCAGCGAUUCGAAAGCAAAAGGCGCUAUUAAUGGACACAAAAUAAAUUCAACUAUUUACUAUGUGCUAUCACAAAUACCACGCGGUACUCCUAAUAUUGAAAAAUCUAUGCCAAAUAAUGAAGGCUGUUACCGCGGGCAUCAUACGCUCGACGCAAUAAAUUUGUGGAAAGAUACGUCCACAAUUGACGGAAUAAAUUCCGUAGUUAAAGCUUGGAUAAUAACUCUAGAAAAACAAGGUUGUCAUCAUUUACUAGCUGGGCCAUCAUCUGUACAACAAGCAAUUGUAUUGAGUCUUGGUGGCUUAAGAUUUAGUAAUCAGCAUUUAGAUUUUAAUAUUGAUCCGCAAUAUCUACAUCGUAAUUAUUUGUUUAGACGAAUUAGUUAUGGAAAUAUUACACACGUAAAUAUAUCAGUGACGGUUGGUAACGACAAUCGUGCAAUAUUAAGUGUUGCAUUGGAUCGCAGUGAUAGCGAUUACUACGCUUGUGAUGCUGGUUGUUUAGAUUCACCAGUACUUCUUAGUCAGUCUUAUACAAAUUUUCCGGUUAAAUUAACAAAACCACUAACAUCUAUAUUAUAUAUUACUUCCGAUUAUCAGCAUAUGCAGGAUCUUCGCAAUGCGCUGCAUGUACAUGAAGUCGAAGAGGCACCAGCUCAUGAUCAUCAUGUUAUGGCUCUUCAUAAACACGGCCAUCAACUUGGUGGGUUGCCCACAUUCUUUUGGGUCAGCAUAUGUUUUCUAAUAAUAGUAUUCCACAUGUUUUUAUGUAAACUCAUUUUUACUGAGUACUAUGGCCGUCAGGAUCGCCAGCGAGGACGAUACAAUAAACCGUGA